CCGCCGGGCGGCCGCUGCCCGCCGCACUCGCCCGCCCGCAGCUCCCGGGGCGGCCGCGGCUCCGCGCCAUGGACCGGCUCAGCGUGCUGGACCAGCUCCUGCCAGAGCUCAGCGUUCUGCUCAAGCUGCUGGACCACGAGUACCUGAGUGCCACCACGCAGGAGAAGAAGCUGGCUGUCUCCACCAUCCUGCAGAAGCUGCAGCCGCCUGCAGGGAAGGAUGUGGACUACAUGUACGUCAACACAGCGUCCCUGGGCAACGGCACCAGCUUCGUGGAGUCCCUCUUUGAGGAGUUUGACUGUGACCUGCGGGACCUGCAGGACAUGCAGGAGGAGGAGGGUGACACCAGCGACGCCGUUGGCGUGGAGCUGCCAGGGAGCCAGACAGCCAAACCUGUUCCUGUGGAUCCUGCUCCUCCUCUGCCCACCACUCCCCCUCCUGAGGAUUACUACGAGGAGGCGCUGCCCCUGGGCCCGGGCAAGGCCCCCGAGUACAUCACCUCCCGCAACAGCUCCAGCCCCCCCAACUCCAUCGAGGACGGCUACUACGAGGAUGCAGACAGCAGCUACCCUGUCACCAGGAUAAACGGGGAGCAGAAAAGCUCCUACAAUGACUCGGAUGCCAUGAGCAGCUCUUACGAGUCCUACGAUGAGGAGGAGGAGGAGGGCAAGGGCCAGCAGCUGACACACCAGUGGCCCUCGGAGGAGGCCUCCAUGAACCUGGUGAAGGAUUGCCGGAUCUGCGCCUUCCUCUUGCGCAAGAAGCGCUUUGGGCAGUGGGCCAAGCAGCUCACCAUCAUCCGGGAUGGCAAACUGCUGUGCUACAAAAGCUCCAAGGACCGGCAGCCACACGUGGAGGUGCCCCUGACCACCUGCAACGUCAUCUAUGUCCCCAAGGACGGGCGGCGCAAGAAGCACGAGCUGCGCUUCUCGCUGCCGGGGGCCGAGGCGCUGGUGCUGGCAGUGCAGAGCAAGGAGCAGGCUGAGGAGUGGCUCAAGGUGAUAAAGGAAGCCAGCAGUCCAGCAGCAGGAGGGAUGGAAGCCCCCACCUCCCCAGUGAUGCCGUGCAAGAUGGAGCUGGACAAGCGGCUGUCCCAGGAGAAGCACACCUCGGACUCGGACAGUGUGGCCAUGGGUGACACCGGGUCCCCAGCCACCCGCAGGGAGCACGGAGAGCACGGGAAAGGCAAAAAGAGCGGCCUGGCCGACCUGAAGGGCUCGAUGAGCCGGGCAGCGGGGAAGAAAAUCACCAGGAUCAUCAGCUUCUCCAAGAAGAAGCCAUGCCCUGAGGACACCCAGACCUCCUCCACCGAGGAGGACAUCCCCUGCUGUGGCUACCUCAGCGUGCUGGUGAACCAGUGCUGGAAGGAGCGCUGGUGUCGCCUCAAGGGCAACACGCUGUACUUCCACAAGGACCGCACGGACCUGCGCACGCACGUGAACGCCAUCGUGCUGCGCGGCUGCGAGGUGCUCCCGGGGCUGGGCCCCAAGCACCCCUUCGCCUUCCGCAUCCUGCGCCACGGGCACGAGGUGACGGCGCUGGAGGCAAGCUGCUCUGAAGACCUGGGCCGCUGGUUGGGUCUCCUGUUGGUGGAAACAGGCUCUCAGACAGCCCCAGAGGCCUUGCACUACGACUACGUGGAUGUGGAGACCAUUGCCAACAUCGUGACGGCCGUGAGACACUCCUACCUGUGGGCCAGCUCCUCCCAGGACCAGCGAGCCGACUCCUCUCGGGUGGUGUAUGAUGAUGUCCCCUACGAGAAGGUCCAGCAGGCAGAGGAGGAGCCGGGGCGGCCGGGGGCUGCUCAGGUGAAGCGCCACGCCUCGUCCUGCAGCGAGAAGUCGCGGCGGGUGGACCCGCAAGUCAAAGUGAAGAGACAUGCGUCCAGUGCCAACCAGUACAGGUACGGCAAGAACCGGGCCGAGGAGGACGCCAGGCGAUUCCUGACGGAGAAGGAGAAGCUGGAGAAGGAGAAGGCGUCGAUCCGCAGCGAGCUGAUGUUGCUGCGGAAGGAGAAGCGGGAGCUGCGGGAAGCCAUGAAGGGCAGCACGGGGCCGCGGCUGCAGGAGCUGGAGCAGCGGGUGGCGGUGCUGGAGGAGCGCUGCCGGCAGAAGGAGCAGUCUCGGGUCGAUCUGGAGCUCAAGCUGACCGAAGUGAAGGAGCAGCUGAAGCAGUCGCUGGCAGGAGGGCCGGCCCUGGGGCUGGCCGUGACCAGCAAGGCUGAGAAUGGGGAAACUACAAACAAGCCAAACGGGAGCCCCCCUGAGCACUUGGUCCCUGUGAACUGUGCGGCAGAGCUGAGGAAGAGAAGCCCCUCCAUCAUCCCUGCCAACACAGGGAGCGUGCUGCGGAAAGCCAAGGAAUGGGAAAAGAAGCAGACUUAAGUCAGCCUGCCAAGCCCUGCACACACACUGGGGAUCACGGAGGAGCUGCCAGCCCCCUUUCUCUGAGACACUGGGAGGGUGCUGGGAAGGCGUGGUGGAAGAGCCGUUCUGCCAGCCCCACCACUGCUGCACCAGCACCACUAAAACCUGGGGA